AUGUCAGUCACUAAAGUCCACGCCAGAACAGUCUAUGACUCCAGAGGUAACCCUACAGUUGAAGUAGAGGUCUACACCAAGGACGGUAUGUUCAGGGCUAUUGUCCCAUCCGGUGCCUCAACGGGUUCUCAUGAAGCCCUCGAGCUUCGUGACGGUGACAAGUCCAAGUGGGAAGGUAAAGGUGUCACCAAGGCUGUCUCCAAUGUCAACGAUAUCAUUGGACCAAAGCUGAUUGAAUCCAAGCUGGAUGUCAAGGACCAAAAAGCCAUCGAUGAGUUCAUGAUCAAGCUUGACGGUACAAAGAACAAGAGUAAGUUGGGUGCCAACGCAAUCUUGGGUGUUUCUUUGGCUGUCGCUAGGGCCGGUGCCGCUGCCAAAGGGGUGCCACUGUACCAACACAUCGCUGAGUUGGCGGACAUGAAGAAAGAACCAUACGUCAUUCCUUGUCCUUUCUUCAACGUCUUGAACGGUGGUGUCCAUGCUGGUGGUAACCUGGCUUUGCAAGAAUUUUUAAUUGCUCCUGUUGGCGCUGAGUCCUUCCAUGAGGCUUUGAGACUAGGUUCCGAAGUCUACCACAAGUUGAAGGCCUUGGCUAAGAAGAGAAUCGGCUCUUCUGCUGGCAAUGUCGGUGAUGAGGGUGGUAUCGCCCCAUCUCUAUCUACUCCAUUCGAAGCUUUGGAUUUGAUCUACGACGCUAUCAAAGAAGCUGGUCACGAAGGUAAGGUGAAGAUUGCCAUGGACCCCGCUUCUUCGGAAUUUUUCCAAGGUGACAAGUAUGACUUGGACUUUAAGAACCCACAUCCAGAUGCUAAGAACAAGUUGUCAGGUGCUCAACUCGGUGACUACUACAAGACCAUUUUGGAAAAAUAUCCAAUUGUGUCUUUGGAAGAUCCAUUUGCUGAAGACGACUGGGAGGCUUGGACUAACUUCUUCCCUAAGGCAGGUGUUCAAAUCAUCGCUGAUGACUUAACUGUCACCAACCCUGAAAGAAUCCAAACUGCCAUUGACAAGAAGACUGCUGACUGUUUGUUGUUGAAGGUUAACCAAAUUGGUUCUUUGACAGAAUCAAUUAACUCUGCUAAGCUGGCUUACGGUGCCGGCUGGGGUGUCCAGGUUUCCCAUAGAUCUGGUGAAACUGAAGACACUUUCAUUGCUGAUCUUGUUGUUGGUUUGAGAACUGGUCAAAUUAAAUCUGGUUCUCUGGCUAGAUCAGAAAGAUUGGCAAAGUGGAACCAAAUUUUGAGAAUUGAAGAGGAAUUGGGUGCUUCAAACACAAUUUUUGCAGGUGCCAAAUUCCAUAAGGGACAAUUGUUGUAA